AUGGCGGUGGAUGGUGGCACCGACAGUGACGGUGGUGGUGGUAGGUGGUGGCACCAACAGCGAUGGGCGGCGUUGGUCGGUGGUGGUUGGUGGCGGAAGAUGGGGUCGGCGGUGGUUGGUGGCGGAAGAUGGCGACGACGGUGGUUGGGGGUGGCGAUGGUGUUGAUCGGUGGUGGCUUUGGUGUGGUGGUGGUGGUGGUGGCCGAUGGUGGCGGUAGCUGGUGGUCUACGAUAGUUGGUGGCGGAGGAUGGCGGCGGAAUUGGUCGGCGGUGGCUCCGGUGGUUGGUGACGGUGGUGGCGGUGCUAGGUGGCGGGUGAUGAUGGUAGGUGGUGGCGGUGGUCAGCAGUGGUCAACGAUGGAGGCUGGUUGCGACGGCGGGUGGUGGGGGUCAGCGGUGGCCGACGGCCGCGACGUUGUUCGAGGUGAUGGUCAGCGGCGGAGGAUGGCAGGUGGUGACGACGGCGAGUUGCGAUGGUGGUGGUGGUCGGCGGCGGUGGGUAGCGACAACGGCGAGUGGUGA